AUGAGUCACCCCCAAUAUGGAAAAGAUAUGGAUCGACCAUCGAUUGCAGGAUCCGUCAAGCGGGCAAGAGAACGGGCUCAGGCCGGAUUCCUCAGGGAACAAAACUCGCCGCCAGGCGCCACGAGGUUCCCAAUAGUCGAAGAAGAUCCAGACAGCCCCACGGAUGUCUCAGAAAGACGCCAAGUCGGUGAAUCACCGCCCUCACGUAUACCGAGACCCCAACCACCGGCAGCACUACAGAACAAGGACGGAGGAAUUGGGGUCGCCAUUUCCCGACCGACGCAGAUCCCGCAAUGGCCGCUGCCCGGACCGAUUCUGUCUCCCGCAAAUAACCCCGAUGCCGAACCCUACCGACCUCCUCCGGGCCGUGGUCCACCACCCCAACGACCGCCUCGCCCGAGCAGAGUCCCCUCCAUCCUGGACAGCUCACGAGUUCAGGAUCACACUCCCGUGUUCCAAUACACACCGCAAAGCGGGCGGGAAUCAGUCUUGAGCCAGGAGAUAUCAUCCACUCCGCUUACCCCGUCGUCAAGACACACGCAGUCGUCGCUUUCGUCAGUAGGAUCGAUUCCAGACUUUCCCCUGCCGGCAGCUAUCCCGCCCGUUGCUGCACCACCCCCGGUAGCGCCGCCGAGACGAAGUGUAACUCUAGGUCCGCCGCCAUCGUCGCGCCGAGGCGACUCGUCCUUUUAUUCAAAUGCCUCGUUCGUUUCACCGAUUCCCGAAGAGAGCCCGCGGUCUAGGUCACACACGUCGUUUGCCUCGAGCGCUGCAAUGCCUGAGAGCUGGGGCAGUCAAUCACCGGGAUUUAGCCCGGGAUACCCAGACGACUACUACGGGGAUGAUGCGUAUUCCACCGAAGACGAAAACAGCCAAAUGAGCCGUGGCAGCGGGUCACCUUAUGGCGACGUGGGCGACGAGAGCAAGCUGGUGAGGAGCGCAAGUUUGGGCAAAAUGUCAAAGCCGUCCAUCGUCAUGAAUCGUGCACCGAGCAGCGGCGACCCGUUGCCCCAGGAAGCACAGUCCGUCUCGGAACUUCAAGAACCACCGCCACGGCCGUCGCCCAGUCCUAUGCAACUUCCCGUCAGCCCGUUUGAGAGUGGAACGGCGUACUACGAGGGGUCCAGCUCGUCUGGCACAGUCCCCACUGUGGCGGCGACAGCCAACACGCCAUCACUCACGCCCGAUGCGAUGCUCGGCGCUUUUGCCGCUGCCAGCGCAACAGACCCGGCAGAUAUGAGGAAAGUCACACCAUCGCCACGACCCUAUGACCGCUUGUCAGCCAUCCGACGCCCACCAAAACUUGGACUCGACAUGGACUCGGUCAGGGCAAUGGAGUCCAGGGGCAGCAUGACUAGCUUGCCAGAUCUCAUCAAGCGCGCAACCCGCCUAGCUGCCCUGAUCGACCGCGGACGAAGACCCGGGAGCCGAUUCGAGAUUGGCGACGGGACGUGGCCGGACGAGAAGGCAUUUGGGCGCGAGGGGGAUCAACAAGUGUCUGGCAUGUCAUCUGCCGAAAAGCACCAGUCAGGUCUAUCCGACAUGCUGGCUGCAUUUCCCCCACCUGCGGCGACAACUCCCAACCCCCCGAAUCGGGGCAGCUGGUUCAGACGAGCCUCCACAGCCUCGUGGCCUCUGGCACCGGGCAGUCGAGGCAGCACUCCACAGCCCGUAACUCGAGCGAUGGCGGCAAGAGGGUCUCCUCUAGCCAUACUAGAGUCCAAUGAUGAGCAGUCGUCGACUAGGCCUCGCAGGAGAUGCUGCGGUCUCCCCCUUUGGGCCUUUAUUGUGAUCGUCAUCAUCGUGCUGGGCAUCGUUGCCGCCGCCAUCGUCGUCCCCCUCGAAUUCCUCGUCUUCCGGCGCAACCGGACUAGCACACCCACGGCGGAACCGGCCUUGAACCAAUGCCAAAACCAACUCAGGUGCGAAAAUGGCGGAACUAACGUCAUAUCCCAAGGCGUUUGCUCCUGCAUCUGCAUCAACGGGUUUACCGGGCAGACUUGCAGCGUUGCCGGAGCUACGGGGUGCACUACAACAAACCUCAUGGGAAAUUCCACUUCGACUAAUUUUAGUAAUGUCACUCUUGGCCAAGCUGUACCGCGACUGCUUCAACAAGCUAGGACGAACUUUUCAGUGCCCUUGGACGGAACCGACAUUCUGGCCAAGUUCAACACGGAAAACCUUUCAUGUAUCGCACAAAACUCGCUCGUCACGUUUGACGGCCGCUCGUCUCGCGUGGGCACUCCCACCUCCGCCGUCGAUGUGGUUGCAAACGCCGCAAUCCCAGUGGAGGUUAUCGUCAUUCCGCCUGGUGAGGCGGCCACUGUCACGAUCGAUAUCAACGCGCCUGGGGCAGUGGUGCUGCCAUCGCCGGACAUUGUUGGCGGGUUCACCACCCUAACGGGCCCUUUCCGGGUCACAACCAUCUACGCCACCAGUUCUACCAAGUGGGCCACCAUCCCUGUGAUAUCUUCUCCGACAUCGCUGCCCGAGACGACGCCUCCCGUGUCUCUGCCAGCGACCACCACGGCGCCGUCGCCGCCGUCGCCGCCAACAACGAUGACGACAAUGACGACAACUCCUCAGGGACCGUUGUUUCCUUCUAUCCCCGUGCCUUCUGCGCCAGCACCCAACCCCAGAUUCAUGGUUACGGAAGAGACGCUUGAUUUUGCCCGCGUCUCGGUUCUGCUGAUCUUGGAACGGCAGAGUCUGAUGGCGGCAACGACGGCGCAGACUGUCCUGCAGCGCUUCUUCACCACUGCGGACCAAGGAGGCCGGCAGCAAAACGGCGGCGUGACGCCCACUCAGGCAUUGAACGUUACGCUCGGCGGAGGAAACUCGGUAGACCUGGUUAACUUUCUUAUCACUAUACCCGGAGGUAUUCAAGCAGGCGGCACAAGCCGCUGA